CAAAGAUGGCCGCGCUCACGAGAUUACAAUUUCCUGAAUUGUGCGCACGAUUGUCAUGAUUGUUCAACCUUGUGUUUCGAACCUUGAAGAAGUGAGUGCAUUAUCUCCAUGGAUGGUCUGAAAUUCCUAACCCCCCCAAUGGAUAGAUAAGGCCAGGAAAAACUUGUAAAUGUGAAAAAUUAGUUUCUUCAACAAGGUGGCAGAUAUCAACAGAAAGACAAACAGAUGUGUCUCUCUUCACUGUGGCCAGUGAGUAUCACCCUGCAGAGAGCUUUGCAACUGACCGUCCGUCAAGCCAAGCUUUCUUUCAGCUCGCCGAACUGCAGCAGGCCAGCGAGCACAGCUGCCGACAGCAUGAAGCUUGAUACACCAGAGUUCCGUGCCAUAUUCACGCCAGAGUUGAAACAGCUCGCCGAGAUCUUCAGGCUUAACAACCACGAGCUGAAGAUUGCUGGUGGUGCCGUGAGGGACCUACUCAUGGGGAAGCAACCGCAGGACAUCGAUUUUGCCACCACGGCCACGCCCGCUGAGAUGAAGGAGAUGUUCGAGCAGGAGGGCAUCCGAAUGUUGAACACCAAGGGGGAACAGCACGGCACCAUCACAGCCCGGCUGAACAACCGGGAGAACUUUGAGGUCACCACGCUGAGGGUGGACCGGGUGACGGACGGCCGACACGCCGAGGUGGAGUUCACCAGGGACUGGAGGACGGAUGCUGAGCGGCGAGACCUCACUAUCAACUCCAUGUUCCUUGGUCUUGAUGGCACUCUGGUUGAUUUCUUCAAUGGUAAGGAGGACCUGGAACACCACAGAGUGGCAUUUGUUGGAGAUCCCACUGCCAGAAUCAGGGAAGAUUUCCUACGAAUCUUGAGAUACUUCAGAUUUUAUGGCCGCAUUGCCGACCAGCCCAACCAGCAUUGCUCUGAGACACUGCAGGCCAUCCAGGAGAAUGGUGAUGGCCUGGCGGGCAUCUCUGGUGAGAGAAUCUGGCUGGAAUUGAAGAAGAUUGUGACGGGGAACCAUGCGGCGAGUCUGAUGGAAUGCAUGCAUGAUCUGCAGCUCACCCAGUACAUGGGCCUACCUCCCCUGACCAACAUCACCAAUUUCCGUCGUGUUUGGGCAAGAUCUAAGUCACUGGACCCCAAGCCUAUGACCUUCCUGUCGUCCUUGCUCAAGACUGACGUGGAGGUUCUACAGCUGGAAGCUCGUCUCAAGAUAUCGGCCGAUGAGAGGAAGACGGCGCUGUUCAUUAUUACAGAGAGGGACGACAAGUACAAUGCCAGCAAUCCACUGAAGCCAUAUCAAGACCUUGUUGUUUCGCUCCAAGGGAAAGAAAAGAACAUCCUUGCGUACACCCAGGAAGUCCUGAAGUACCGAGGGGACAAAGAACUGUUGGAGAGACUCAGCAGUUGGGAGAUACCCAGGUUCCCCAUCACCGGCAAGGACCUGAUAACCGCGGGUGUUCCCAAGGGGCGGGAGUUUGGGCAGAUUCUGGAGAGACUGAGAGAAAGGUGGAUGGAGAGCAAUUUCAGGCUCAGCAAGGAGGAGCUGCUGAAGACGCUGGAUCACACGACAAAGAGCGGCAGGUGAUGGAAGAACUGAAGGCUUGUAAGAACUUGGCAGAGAUGUGGCGGAGAGUGCUGGGGUCUUGACUACUGAAUAUUUGAGUAGGUCCUGGUGGAUUUCUUUCAGAGUUUACAUUUACAUGCAUUGUAAGUCCCAAAAUUAGUCCAGUUCUUGGCUGUGAAGUGGUCUGAAAAGGCCCAUUGCUAAAAAACUGAAGUUAUUCAACUGGAAUCUUCUCUGAAUAUUUUUCAUUAUCCUGCGCUACUUGUAAUUAUGCAUGUAGUAAAAUGCUAAGAGUUAAUUCCAACAAAAUCUUCAAUAUUACCUUUGUUAAUUUGUUCAAAACAUUGG